AUGCCUUCCUCCGUGCACUCGCAAGACAACGACCAAUCUAUGGUUGAUGUCCAACCUCAGCACCAAGAACAGGUUGAGCAGGAGGAAGAGGAGGAUGUCAUUGAGCUCGAGGAGAAACGGAUAAUUGUUCUACCCGGUGCCUCAGACACAGCCGCCUCGUUCCAGUUUGAAGGUGAAGGACACACGUUAGGCAAUGCGCUGCGUUAUGCGAUCAUGAAGAACCCCGACGUCGAGUUCUGCGGAUACACCAUCCCCCACCCUUCAGAGUCAAAGAUGAACCUUCGAAUCCAGACUUACGAUACAACGACGGCAGUGGAAGCGCUAGAGAAAGGCCUAGACACACUGAUGGACCUAUGCGACGUUGUUACAGACAAGUUUACGGCUGCGCGCGAUGGGUUUAAUGCGUCGCAAAUGGAGUCAUGA